CGCCAAGGCAUCACUCCAUGUUCCAGCCAGCGUAUCUGGACCAAACAAAACAAGCUGAUGCUUUGUGAGAAGACAGACAGGAACAGAAGACGUUUUCAAGAUAGCUCCUUGUAUAUAGUGCAGUGAUAUUUUACCGCAUUCCGCUGUCUGGCCGGGCUAUCAAUCAUUACUGGACUCGAGCCCGGUCCAAUGGGUGGCCACAAGCCUCCGCUUGUCCGACGCGACUCAGCCGGGCACGGCAUCCGACUGGCAGAGUUCGCGACGGGGAUUUCCUGUUGCGGCUUCCCGGCGGGGCUUCCCCAGUGACGGGCUUUGCGGGGGUGGAUCCUAACCUUGGGGGUCUGAAGAUAGAUAGCUGGUACCUUACCUCUUACUUAUGGCCGAGACACCCCGGCCUCUCACUGUCUACUGACCCCAGCCAGUCCCUGCAUUCCGCUGCUGCCCGCUACUGUCCACCCCAGAAACCCGCCCCCCCUCACACACCAUGGCAGCCGCCGUAGUGGCAGACUUCCCCACCGACGAGCGCAUCGAGUUCGGCUCUGCCACCAUCCCGCCCCGCCCCUACCCUCCUACUCUCACAUCAACGCCGGCCGAUCCCGCCAAGAUAGCCGGCGACCUCGUCCGGCGCUUCAACGAUGCCCUCGCCUCCAAGGACCACGACGCCCUGGCCUCGCUAUUUGCCCCGGACGGCUACUGGCGCGACCACCUGUGCUCAUCGUGGGACCUGCGCACCCUCAAGGGCCGCGACGCCAUCAAGGCCUUUGCCGCCGGCUCCAGCAGCAGUGGGCUGACCAGGCUCACGGUCGCCGGCGACCCGGCCGGCAUACGCGCACCGCAGCCGUUCCCCGUCGACGGCUUCGGCAAGGUGCUGUGCCUGCAGUUCUUUGUCGACGCCGAGACGGCCCUGGGGUCCGCCGACGGUGUCGUGCGCCUGGUCGAGGCCGGCGGCGGCGCGUGGCACAUUUUCACGCUGUUCGUCACCCUGCGCGAGCUCAGGGGCUUCGAGGAGCCGCUGCGCCACCGCCGCGAGAAGGGUGCCGAGCACGCCGCGCUGCGGUCCGGCAAGAACUGGAAGGACCGGCGCGCGGAGAGCAUCGAGUGUGCUGAUGCCGAGCCCGCGGUGGUCAUUAUCGGUGCUGGCCAGGCCGGCCUGGCCGUCGCCGCCCGGCUCAAGAUGCUCAACGUCAAGACGCUACUGAUCGACAAGGCGGCGCGCGUCGGCGACAGCUGGCGCGGGCGCUACCACCAGCUCGUGCUGCACGACCCGGUCUGGUAUGACCACAUGCCCUACGUGCCGUUCCCGGACUUCUGGCCCGUUUUUACGCCCAAGGACAAGAUGGCCGACUUCCUCGAGGCCUACGCCGGCCUGCUCGAGCUCGACGUGUGGAACUCGACCACCCUGACCUCGUCGGCCUGGGACGACGCCGCGGGCCGCUGGACCCUGACGCUGCAGCGCUCCAAACCCGGCGGCUCCUCCGGCGGCGCGGCCGUCGAGACGCGCACCCUGCGCCCGCGCCACGUCAUCAUGGCGACGGGCCACUCGGGCACAAUGAACCUCCCCGCCAUCAAGGGCAUGGAUUCGUUCCAGGGCGACCGUCUCUGCCACAGCUCGCAGUUCCCAGGCGCGCGACAAGACGGGACGGGCAAAAAGGCAGUCGUGGUCGGGUCGUGCAACUCGGGCCACGACAUCGCGCACGACCUGCACGAGAACGGCUACGACGUGACCAUGGUGCAGCGCAGCUCCACGACGGUCGUGUCGUCCGACUCGAUCCUGCGCGUCGCCCUGGCGGGGCUUUACGACGAGGACGGCCCGCCGACCCCCCACGCCGACACGUGGCUAUGGAGCUACCCGACCGAGCUGUUCAAGAGCCUGCAGGUCGACGUCAACGCGCGCCAGAACGAGAACGACGCCGUGCUGCUCCAGGGGCUGACGCGGGCCGGGUUCAAGAUCGACAUCGGGCCGCACGGCGCGGGCCUGUUCAUGAAGUACUUUCAGCGCGGGGGCGGCUACUACAUCGACGUGGGCUGCAGCCAGCUCAUCGUCGACGGCAAGGUCAAGGUGAAGCAGGGCAGCGAGGUGGCCGAGGUGCUGCCGCGCGGGAUCCGGCUCGCCGACGGGACGGUGCUCGAGGCGGACGAGGUGGUGUUUGCGACGGGCUACCAGAACAUGCGCAGCGAGGCGCGCGCCGUCCUCGGCGACGCCGUGGCCGACCGCGUCGGCGACGUCUGGGGCUUCGACGGCGAGGGCGAGUUCCGCGCCAUCUGGCGUCGCUCCGGCCACCCGGGCUUCUGGUUCAUGGGCGGGAACCUGGCCAUGUGCCGCUACUACUCACGCGUCUUGGCGCUGCAGAUCAAGGCGCUCGAGGAGGGGCUGGCCAAGCCGUGAUGGGCGAUUGGAAAAUGCGGGAAUGAGCCGAGGAGCUAUUUAUAGUCUUGAUGAUCCACACGGCAAGGACAGCUUCACAUGCUCAGCAAUGAUGCGAGAGUGACCGGCGGUGCGUUUGAUGAUUUUUGAUCACAUAAAGCCAUCCCACCCCUCGUAGUAAAACAAAAAAAAACCCAUUACAAAAUAGCAAAGCUAUUGAAAUAAGCAGCGAGCAAGACUAUGCC